AUGCUGCUGCCCGUGACCGAGUCGGCGCUGUGUCUCGAGAGGAACCCAGCCGGCUGCCGUGUCUGCCAGCGAGGUCCCAGCUGUCUACUGCGGGUAGCUGAUACCACGCCCAUGGAUCGAGAGCGUCGACUGUCGCGGUUGACAGCCAAACUACUCCGUCGGCCUUCCUCGUCUUCCGCAAACUUUGUUGUGCCCAACUUGCCCAGCCCCAGCACCACCGCCAGCACCACCGCCAGCACCACCGCCAGCACCACCGCCAGCACCACCAGCAGCACCACCAGCACCACCACAGCGGUCAAUGUCAACCCCAAUGCCCAUGCUGCUGCAGUCGGUGCUUCUCCUUCCUCUGGAUCUACCGCCGCCAUAAAUUGUUGCUUCUCUGCCUCGCCCUGCUCCUCGCCCAUCAGCCCAACAGAUGAUAACUCCAACCGCCUCUCCCCGUUAACCGCAAGGAGACUGCACAGUACGGAUCAAGCAGUUCCAAUCGAUUCAGCCAAAGCCAAUGAACAGCACCCUUUACUUACGAAGUCUAGAGACAACGAAGAGAUAGCCGAGCACGUCGACCAAUUCCCAGCUGUCAGUUUCCAGCAUACCACUGCCAGAGAAGGGGGACUCGACGCAGAUUCGUCUGCCCGCUCUUCGUCGAGCAGCUCGCGGGCUCCAGACUCAACAGAAGACCGCCUGCCACUUCUUCCAUUGGAAGCAUACUCCCUAUCCAGGGCCUCCUCGAAGGACAAAGGCUCCCACUUCCGAUCUCCUCGUCCACCCCACCCUCGCUCCUCGGUAACAUCCACCUCGUCGUCUCUGAACAUAGUUGAUGAGUCUCGCAGAUCCAAUACCCCAUUAUCGACUACUAGUGCAUCUGCCAAACUCACCCCUACUUCAAAACCGGUUUCCCGCCCCAGCAUUGCUGUCCGUCGCCAGUCCCUGGUCCCCUCUUCCCAGCAACGCCUAAUCAGCACACUCCUUGAACCCUCUUCGUCGGCCGGUGGGGAUUACUUCUCCAGCGGCCUCCCCUCCAUCCACCGCGACAUGAUCAGCCGAAAGGUAUGGGUUAAGCGGCCCAAUUCAUCCGCUACCCUGGUUGCGGUCACAGAGGAAGAUUUGGUGGAUGAUCUGCGCGAUGCUAUCUUGAAAAAAUACAACAAUUCCCUUGGCCGCACUUUCGAUCCCCCAGAUAUCACUAUAAAACUCAUUCCGCGAGACCCUUCGAGUCGACAGAGCUCCAAUGAGCGGGUCCUUGGCCCGGAGGAACCUGUGGGUCGCACUUUGGAUAACUUUUACCCUAGCGGACAGACCGUGGAUGAAGCAUUGAUCGUUGAUGUUCCCCAACGCCGAACACCAAAACCCUCCCCCCGACAGCAUAACCCUGGCUACUGCCAUUCAGAAGAGCUACACCCAGGAGAAUCCGGAGAGUAUUUCCCUCCAAUGGCUAUGAUUCCCCAGUCCAAUGCUUCUGGCUCCGCUUCAAAUGCCAGCGCAACUAGCUCUCACCAUGCUCCCGCUCAUUCCAUGUCCGUGAUCACAACCGGACAACUUCCUCCCGUUCCUUCGCCGGGGAGUCGUGGUUCCUGGCAUCAGCAUCAACUUCAAUCUCGUCCUAAAUACGGCCGCCAGCAUACAUCUUCACCUACCGUCAUUUCUACGUCUCCGAAUCAAAACAUGGCAGAACCCCCCUACCUCAUCGACUAG